AUGUUCACUAGGAAGAGCAAGGAUCCUUGGUACGCGAUAGACGACCCUCCUUCCGAUACUGACGAACGUGGGCGCAUGCGAUACCGUAGUAUCACUGGGAAACGACCACGUCGCACCUCCAAUCAAGGCCGCUCACUACCACAACCCAGUGUGGAUACCACUAUGCACAUGGAUCAACCACGCACGAGUCCCUUUGUGAGUGUUCGAACAACGAGCUUGUCACCUGUCAUGGGACGUCGAAAACCGGGACAAUCUGCAUCGCCUGCCAUGAGUCGUGCGAGUUCGACUUUAUCAUCGCAGCGGAGUGAAUAUUCAGAGGAGGAGAUGUUGGCGAGUGGGAGGGUGCAGAGAGGUGGCGCUGCUUUGGAUCAGGGUGCGUGUGCACCUCAAGGCGAAGGUGCAGGACUAUUGACAGCAAGCAAUGAAGAAGGGCGUGCAGGGCGUGCAGGGAUGGCUAUGUCUGACGGACAAGAAGUUGGUACUACAAAUGCCCAUAUGGUGGAUGAGGGAAGGAAACGGUCAAGAGCCGUGAGUGAUGUCAGUGGUGUGACUGUGAAACCUACGUCUGGUCUGCUCGAGAAGCUCAAGUCCAAGUUGUCUAUGCGCAGAUGGACUUAG